GAUUUUCUCUUUGAACUUUGUCCUGUGUGCUAUUCAGUUCGUUUCACUCUUUUAAACUUUGCUUUCUAUUUUUUCUACACUUUCUUUCUCAAACACAAAUUUUACAUAUCCUGUGGAUAUUCAACAAGGUACUUGAAGUAUCUAUAUAACAAUCAAACACAAUGCAUUUUUCAAAGAAGGCUCUGGCAGCCCUUAUUGGGUCUGCGACUAGCGCAAACGGUGCGAUCUUAUGGGAUGGUCGAUUCGAUUCUUCUUCCAUGGCGGAUUUGGAAGCUUGGUCAUGGAGUAACGCUGUUGGUGAUUACCAAAAUUAUAUCCAUGGUACAAGUAACAUUACCAGCUAUGUUGCUCUCGACAGCACUUACAAGAACCCUGCCGAUUCUGGAUCAGCCCUCGGUGCCAAAAUUACUCUUGAUAGUACCUCAUACUGGGAAGGUCAAAACAUGCGUCGUACCGAAUUGAUCCCUCAAACCUCCGCAGCUAUUGGAAGUGGAAAGGUUUACUACCAUUUCAGUAUGAUGCGUGAAGAUACCAAUGCUCCAAGUAUCUACAGAGAACAUCAAAUCUGUUUCUUCGAGAGUCAUUUCACAGAGAUGAAGAGUGGUUGGAUUAGUGGAGAAUCUGGAUCCAGUGAUCCUCUUUUGAGAUGGGAUGUCAGUUCGACUAGUCAAUGGAGUACUAACUGGACUGCUGGUGUUUGGCACAACAUUGCUUACGGAAUUGAUUUCUCCGCAGGCUCAGUUGAAUUUUACCACUCCACCGGAUCUGAUGCUCUCACCCUUACCGUCCCAGCCGUCAAAGUUUCCGCCUCUUCCAAUGGUGCAGACUGGCACUUGGGAGUUCUCGAACUCCCCGUUACCGGUCAAACUGAUGGAACCGAAGAUUUCUAUUUCUCCGGUGUAUACAUCGAGAGUGGAUCGCUAACCACUAGUGUUGCUGGACCAGGUGGAGCCGUGGUUUCCAGUUCUUCUUCUGCAACCUCGUCAGUAGAUUCUUCUUCUGUUGCUUCUAGCUCAGUUGUUUCUAUCGCGUCUUCUAGUUCUGUUGUGGAAGCUUCCAGUUCGUUAGCUUCUAGUGCAACAUCUAUUGAGGCUGUUUCUACUCAAGCCGCUAUUCCUUCUUCAUCUGCUAUUGUUUCUUCAGUCGUUACCUCUUCAGCUGUAGCACAAGUUCAAGCAUCUUCUUCUAUCGUCUCGUCUCCAUCAAGCUCAACCAAGAAAUCCUGCACCAAAAAGGUCGCUUCUGCAACUCCCAUCUCCAGCGCCGCAGCCCAACAAUCAUCUACCAAGAAAUCCUGCACAAAGAAGGCCUCCUCCGCUACCGCUAUCACUAGCGCUGUAGCCAUCGCAUCCCAAGCUAGCGGAUCCAUUGUCGAAUUCACCUCGACUCAAACUGUCACCUCCGUCGAUAUCAUCCCAACAACUGUCUACGUCACCGCCGGAGGUUCAACAUUCUUAACCACUUCUUCCGUUUCAUCCACCUACACAUCUGAAUCCGCCGUCAUCACUUCUUCUUCUGUCCUCUCCAUUGCUGCUCCAUCUACUUUUGUCACUUCCAAGAAAUCUUGCACUAAGAAAGCUUCUUCUGCUGCAAUUGCAUCAAGUUUGGCAGGAAAUGUAAACGUAGCUGCUAGCUCUUCAGCGGUUCUAACUUCUGCGGGUGCUAGCUCGAAACCCCAUACCACCCUUACCAUGACAGUCACCCAAACCACUUCUACCACUGUCGCUUCGAGCGCGGGUGCUACUAGCACUGGAGGAAGCAGCUCGGGAGAGAUUGCUUUGUACAUGCAAUGUGGAGGAAAGAACUGGACUGGAACUGGUACCUGUGUUAGUGGAAGUACCUGCACUGUUCAAAAUGAUUAUUAUAGCCAAUGUAUUUCUGCUUAAAGUAGAAAAAUGAAAGAUGUUUAAGGGGAUUGGGAGAGGAGGAAUUUUCUAUUCUGUUGUAUAUAGUUUGAGAUGUCUGUGUGUGUCUAUGAUUCGAAUUGAAUAGUCUGGAUUAUAUAUCUAUCA